AGACGACCGACACAACAAGCUACCACCCAAACUCGUGGCCCUGCGCCUCGGGUAGAAGCAUACGACCAUCCCACAACCACGCCGGAUAUGAGGUGGAAAAAGAAAUAUUUAAGAGUGGUGAAGCCUGAAGGGGGGAGAUACAGUCCUUCCAGUCCCUCCCAAUCCCACCGGCGAGACUUGGCAGACCAAAGGCCGUGCGCAAAAUCGUCAAUCGACAGGCAAAACCCGCACCGUUGCCGCGAAUAACGCACCCAGGGACAUUGCAGAGAUGCGAGUGAAAAUGCGAGCGGCCAAGCAAAGAAAAGAGACACUUGCAGAUGAUAAAAUGCAAAGUGCCACGGGAGAAACUGGGAAGGACCAAUUUCACGGCUACUUGCAGCUAUUGUAUCCUUCUUGCGCCCCAUCCCCCCCCGGUCCGAAGUCUGUGUGGUGUUUAGAACAUCCUUUUCUUUCUCAGGUUGAUCAUCACACCUUUUCUCACUCCAGUCCGUCCGUCCGUUCCCGUCGACGGGAGGCCCCCCUUUUUUCCCUUCUCCACAAUCUCACCGGUUUACCGGGAUUUCACCCACACCUAGUUGUACUGGUCCUACUACCAGCAACAAGAUCCGUCCAGCGUUUUGUUUUCAUUUCCAACCUCCCCUCCCCUUACCCCUUGCCCAUCCCGCCGCAUCCAUGUGCGAUGGGAGGCAAGAUUGUGUUUAGUGAGCAUCAUUUGUCGGUGGUGUUGGAGAGUGGACACACACCCAGAUUCGAGCAACAGUCAACUGGAACGGGAGUCAUACUUCGGCUUGAAACCACUCAUUUGAACCACAGUACCAUCAUACUCAAGCCUCACACUAUAUCAAGAUGGGGCGACGGAAGAGGGCGUCAGGUAGUAAAAAGGCAGAAGAGGAACGAGAAAGGAGAAAAGAACCGCUGGCCCUCCUUCUCAUCCUCCCUUCCUCUGUCCUGUCUCUAUGCUUCCCUUCAAAACCUCGCACACCAGAAACUCAUCAUCCCGUCAAAUCACAGCCCGCUGCGAGGUCACACGACAUUAACGCCCGUUAUUGCUUCUUUUCCAACAUUGUGUGUGUGGAAGGAGUGUAUGGAUAUGGAUGCGUAUGGUGUAGUGUGUAUGAAUGGGUCUAUCCGGCCCCCUCUCCCCCUUCCAUAAUGUGUCAAACGCCCGACUUGGCAACUUUGAUGAAU